CCUGUGCAGCUGCUGCUGGACACGGCCAGAGCACUGAGAGAUAUCAGGUAUUGAUGUAACUGGAUUGAAUAAGGGAACCUUCUUCCUGAGCACAGACAUUGGAGCCUGUUAUCAGCAUGAACUCAUAUGUGUUAGACAAACACGUGAAUAGUUCAUUCAUUAAUGACUAUUCACAAACAUUGGGGAUAUCACAGCAGAUAUUUAAUGAAGAUGGUGAAUUUGCAGGAACUGGGCAGCAAUCAUUAUGUACAGAGAGUAAUUUAGUCAUCAAACAAGAGAACAACAUUUAUGACUUAUCUAGUGAAAUGAUUAUCCCUGAGGAUAAACCACAAACAUUUACUGAGUUUUCAAAAAAUGUUAAAGAAGAGAAAAGUCUACAGUCUAGCCAAAUGAUUCAUACAAAGGAGAAACAUUUCAAAUGUACAGACUAUGAGAAAAUCUUUAGAUAUAAGUCUCAUCUACUAGAACACCACAACAUUUACACAGAUGAGAAGCCAAACACAUGUACUGAGGGUGUGAAAAGUUUUAUACAAAUGACAAAACGUAUAGCUCAUGAAAGGACCAACACAGGGGAGACACUAUUUAUCUGUACAGAGUGUGGAAAAAGUUUUACACGAAUGUAUAAUCUAAAAACUCAUGAAAGGAGUCACACAGGAGAAAAGCCUUUCAUAUGUACAGAGUGUGGAAAAAGUUUUACAGAAAAGAGUCAUCUGAAAAUUCAUGAAAGGAUUCACAGAGGAGAAAAGCCUUUCACAUGUACAGAGUGUGGAAAAAGUUUUAUAGAAAAGAGUAGUCUGAGAAAACAUGAAAGAUUUCACACAGGGGAAAAGCCUUACACAUGUACAGAGUGUGGAAAAAGUUUUACAGAAAAGAGUAGUCUGAGAAAACAUGAAAGAUUUCACACAGGGGAAAAGCCUUACACAUGUACAGAGUGUGGAAAAAGUUUUACACAAAAGGGUGAUCUGAAAAAGCAUGAAAUGAGUCACACAGGAGAAAAGCCUUUCACAUGUAAAGAGUGUGGAAAAUGUUUUACACAAAUGGAUAAUCUGAAAAUUCAUGAAAGGAGUCACACAGGAGAAAAGCCUUUCACAUGUACAGAGUGUGGAAAAUGUUUUACAGGAAAGAGUAGUCUGAAAUAUCAUGAAAGGAUUCACACAGGAGAAAGGCCUUUCACAUGUACAGACUGUGGAAAAGGUUUUCUACAAAUAAGUAGUCUGAAAAAUCAUGAAAUGAGUCACACAGGGGAAAAGCCAUUCACAUGUACAGACUGUGGAAAAGGUUUUAUACAAAUAAGUGGUCUGAAAAGUCAUGAAAGGAUUCACACCGGGGAAAAGCCAUUCACAUGUACAGAGUGUGGAAAAUGUUUUACAGAAAAAAGUACUUUGAAAAAACAUGAAAGGAUUCACACAGGAGAAAAGCCUUUCACAUGUAUAGAGUGUGGAAAAAGUUUUGCAUAUAAGGAUAAUCUGAGAAAACAUGAAAGGAUUCACAAGGGAAGAAACCUUUCACAUGUUUAGAAAGUGAAAAAAGAAUUUUAUUGAAAUCAGGUAUCACAAAACACAAAAUAUUUACACACAAAUAAACUUUAUAUACACAGUGUACAAACCUUUUAACAAUUAUCCUAAAUAGGGCAAACUCUCUAAAUAGAAGCAUCAAAUGAGAUGUUAUUGUAAAUGAUACUUUCUAAAUCCCAGUUAUAAAAGCCCCAGAUUGGAAGAGCUCUCCUGCUGUCCUUUAUUCCUCUAUAAAUGUGCACCUCAGUUUCUCUCAUAUAAAUGUGAUAGAAUCCAAACGCCACACAGGAAUAUACAAAUCUGUCCUCAUACUGACCAGUUUACACAACCAUUCACCCCAAAGCACCCCCAGUGUUGUUUAUUAAUAUGCCAGUGUUAGGAGUUGUAUGUUCGAUUUACAUAGAGGAGAAAAUAAUUACAUUUACAGAAUAAAAUAAUAUUUAUAUGAAUAUAGAGUGUUAGACAAUUAUAUAAACAAGAACAUCAGUCUCAAAUGAUUGACAUCUGGGAGAUAUAUUUUUUUUUUUGCAAAUAAUUUUUUUUAUUGAAGUUAAAGUAAAGGUUAACAAACAAGAUUCACCUUUGAGACCAAAUUACAUCCAAAAAAAGUAUUACAUUGUCUAUAAGCUAAUAUUGGCGACAAAACAGAAUACACAUGUGAGAAGAGAAUUAUAUAUCAAAUGUUAACAUGGUGCUAGACAGAAGUUUAGGUGAAAUGAAAUAGAACUUAAUUUUAUAUUAUAUUACUGACAGAUGACCUCCACAACGUAGUAGUAAACAAUCUUUAACAUAUCUGAAUCAGGCUAUCAGCCUGUGGAGAAUUAGUAUAUGUGUCGGCCACUCUUGGGCCGAAAUAUAUAGAGGGGGAGGGAAUAUCAGCGGGCAAUAGCCGCUCAAAUAUAAAGUGGAAGGUGGAGGGGCGGAGCCUUCCAGUCAGUGGGUGGGGCUUAUAAUAUAAUUAAGUGUGGAUUAGCUUCCUCGACUGUUAGAUAGGCACUGAAGAUAAUACUAGGGUCAUUAGGUUCCUAUUUUGGAGAAUUCAGCCAGACUACUCCCUGCCUGUGUAGAGUAAGAGUAUAUACUAUAGUGCAAUGGGCACAUUAGGAGAUUAGUAUAUUGUGUAGCUAUACAACCUAUAGGGUCAGUAAAAGUCAUACACAACCCCUAGAGGUACAGAUAUGUUUAACACAUUAGGGAUACCCAGAAUAUAGGUAAACAUAUUUAUGCGCAAACAAAUGAGUCACAGGGUUUGCUUAUAAUACACUAUAUGUCUCUAUACGGGGCCUAUAGUCAAAGCUGCUGUUCCCCUGUAUGGGCAUUAAGUUGAUAUAUUGAUGACUCAGGAAGUAUGGUGUCUCAGCGAGUGUGCUACUGUAUUAGUAUCUCCUCUGGCAGAUCUCAUUGAGGUAAAACCUCUCUAUAUCUCCCAAUGACUAGGUCUGUAAAUAGACAACCGAUAAGUAAUAUUACUGGCUUCUGUUCAUAGGAGAUAAGGAUUUCAGUAGAACACUACAACAUUUGGGUAUGAUAAUUUAACCUAGAUAGUAGGGUUAUUUAGGGAGAAGUUUAGCAAUAGUAAUGUCAUAUUAAAUAAUCCCAGAUUAUCCACAAAUUAAAAUUGUUAGAAGCCAAACCAUAUGUUGUGCAAGAUGAUGAAAGCAUUUUAUAAGGGUACUUACAUCUAAGGUGAACAUAGAGCCUAUAUGGGUAUAUAGAAUUGUGUAAUGUCCCUGUCUUGAAUUGAGUAAUAGAGCAUAUCUUCAGAAAUAUCCAUAUUAGGGAAACUAAAGCCUAUUUACGCGUCGAAUGUGACUAAGACUGCUAUGACCUAUAGAGCUAAACAAGGGAGGCAGGAUGCUGAUAAUAAUAUAACAAGUGACCUCAUGAGAACUGAUAGAUGAAAGAGAAGUCUCAUAGCCAAAGUAGAAAAUAAACAGCUAAGAGAGAUCUAAAACUUAAAUAUGGGAAGUAAUGGGCCUCAACAAUCACUCUGUAGUAUUAUGUGGAAAGGGGAACAUUAGAAUGUUUGGGGCAGAGGGAAUUUCUGGAUGAGCCCCUCUCCUAGGGGAGUGUCACCUAUAGACGAUGUGGGAAAAAGGAGUGGGGAUAUGACCCGCAGGCAGAAAGCACCGGCGGGAAAGGGAGGAGAGAGGCUUAACAGGGAUAAAUAAUAUAUAUUGGUAAUGUGGACAAAGCUAUAGAGAAAAUAUGAAUAACAGUCCUAUAUUCACCAAUAAUGAUAGCAGAUGACAUACAGAAUAAAAAUAACCCAACAUUUAAGUAAUAAUAGCAAAUACUCAAACAGCUGAAUGUAUCGGCUCAAUAUAAAGCUAUAGAGAUUUCCUCAGUAUAGAAGAAUGAGGGAAAUUACAUUUAUAAGUACACUCUGUAUACAACUAAAAAGAUAAGGAUAAAAACCAAACUAUUUAACCUGAAGGACCUGCGAGUGAGCAAUGGAGUUCUAAAGAAAUAGGGUACAUUGGCAAUCAACAAAGAUUUAUGUAACAACAGUUUAUAUAGGCACUCUACCUUCUAUUAACAGACAAUUUGUAUAUACUAUAAUUUUAGGUAAAAAGUAUAAUAGGUAUGCUACGUAUUGCACGCAUACGAGAAGAUAAGGUCUUACAUGCACUAAGCGUGCAGAAGGUGCCAUUUUGAAACCUUAUAUUAAUAUUAGUGGAAAUAGACAGGCACCAUAUUAUAGUAUAUAGUAUAGUACGGAGUGAAUUACAGUACACAAUGCCUCUAAGUACACAAUCAUGCAGUUUCAUUCACAUCUAUAGGGUCCUAAAAUAACUCUCAGGCCUUAUCACAUGGUUUAUAGAAUAAAAAAAUAAAAAAAGGAAGAGAGAAAAAAUAAAAUAAAAAAUUAAGCAAUCAGGACAACAUGCACCUUAGUAACAAUAAACAGUACAUGUUGUUCAACAGUAUGGAUAUGGGCGAUUAUGCUAGCAACUAAGCUUAGCAGGGCGAUGUAUCUAUGAUAAAGUAAUUUGCUUGUGGUUAGAGUGGGCUGACAUGAGGGGUAGACAUCAGCUAACUGUCACAAUAUACAGUAGGAUAAAAUAUUGAUGAUAUGCAAGAACCAUAUAAUUUACAAUAUACUCAUAUAGUAAAAUAGCGUAUGAAACAUCCAGUUUUUAUAGUAUACACUAACAUUAUUAGUGCGGUGACAUUACCUAUUAGGGGGAAAUAAUAAAACUCGGCCAAAAGAGAUGGUCACUUUGGGAGAGACAGGUGAACCUGAGUGGGCCAAAGGCCACUUGCACAGACAUUAGAAACUGCACUUAAUGUUGUUACAAAAAUUAUUAUCCUAAAAUAAAUAUGUCUCUUGUAGUGAGUCGUCUUCUUGCUGCUGGAUUUUAGUGGGUCAGUAAAUCCGACUCAACUAUGUACUUUAUUUCAACUUUCCUGCCAAGUAUUGUAGAGGACUGCAAAAGUAGGUGAGUAUAUCUCGGGUAGUCAGCCGUCAUAAUCAUGUUAAAUUACCCCAUUCAUGCAAUUCUUAGAGAGGAAAAAUAAUAAAAGAUUCUGGAUCAUGAGAAACGUAGAUAUUAGGAUCUCAUGGUGCAAACUAUUACCGCUCAGCCGACUCCAGCUCUGUCAAUCCACUUAUAGAGGUGUCUCAAGAAGAACAAUCUCCAGAUUCGCAGGUGGUAAAAUGAGAGCCGCUUGUAAGAUAUCUCUAUGUUAGAGAGGUGUAGCUGAAGAGGGGAGCUGCGUGAAACACUCUGUACAUGAUUAUUAGCCAGGUCUGCCGCUCGGUCUCCUCUCUCUCCCGCAGUAGAUAUCUUGAGUGGAGCGUGUAAGAUCUCCAUAAUUAGUACAUAGCUUUGCAGGGAAUGACUUCCGGUAGGGGUUAGCUGCUGUCAAUGGCACUUGUGAUGCUACGGGACCCUGAGGCUUCCCUGGUGGUACUGAAGUGGUGUCGGUGAGUGCGGCAAAUUGCACCAUAUCAUCUAGACACAAAUUUGCUCCUGGAAACUUGUGUAGCUCGUGUUCCCCCUGCUCCUCUUGCUUGAUCCAUCUGACAUCCGAUGGGCCGUAAGUAAGACCUGGGUCAGCUGAUGGGGGAAGGGGUGAGCCAGCAGCAGUUUGCAAGGCAGCCGAACAAGCCAUAUAGUGCUGAUCUAAGCGGGCAGCCAUAUCUUUCAGGAGGGAGAUAACUAGCUUCAGGGUGCCUGUCUGGCAUACUGCGUCAUGUGGGCCCUCCAUGUUGUUCAGCAGGCUACGCAACUUACGUUUUUAUUUUGCUUCGCUGUGCUGGUUACACUUUUUCAGAGUCCGUCCUAACCCAUAUUAGUAGUAAAGAAUCCUGUAUUUACGCUAGUUAUAUAGCAGAAAGUCAAACUUCCAUACUGGUGUUAGAUUCUUAGGGCUUGCGGCUGAGCUCUGUGUUCACAUGGCAGCUUUAGGAUAAGCAUUUCUGGUCAAAGUUCCUCUUUCUGGUCACCGAAUCUGAUUUAGCAUUCAACUUAUAAGAUGGGCUGCAAUGGAUCUUUGUAAGAGGGUUAGAAUUAUUUGCCUAGUUGCCAAAAAAGCUCAAAAAAUCUCCUAAAAAUAAAGUUUAGUGCCAGAGCUCAUGUAACAUGCGUCUGAUCAGCUUGGUAGUCGGCUCCGCCCCCCCUGGGAGAUAUAUUUAAUGUGCACAUCAUGUGGAUAAACCUUUUCUUAUAGCAAUAGAUGCUUAGCAUUGUACAUGUUAUAUACCAGAGGAAUUACUGAGGGGAAACUGAUUUUAUCUAAUGAGACACAAUAUCAGUAACCGGUCCAUACGUGAUCAGAAUCAGUUUAAUUUAAAUGGCUACUAUAACCUACAUGUAUACUGGGUAUGUAAUAUGUGUGUCAUGUGAUCAUAAUCAGUUAAUUUAAAUGGCUACUAUAACCUACAUGUAUACUGGGUAUGUAAUAUGUAUGUCAUGUUCUGUAACUUGAUAUUAUGUCUGUUAGAUGUUUUCAUGUUAGUUAGAAGCCACAAGAACUGAUAAUAGCACAUACUGUAUAUAUAAAGGGAACAUUAUAUGUCUGAUAAAUCCCUUUGUAUCAAGAGCACAAGUGUUAGGUAUAUUUAUACCAUUGUGUGCAGAUAUCAUGUAAUGCUGCUUUUUACUAUAUAAUGAUAUACAAUGUUUUUUCAUGCAAAUAAAAAGUGAUUGUAAUCCA